CGAACAACAUCAAGAGCGUAUCCGCCAAGAUGGAUUCGACAUUCCGAGCAAUGUACACCGGAAUGAAGGAGAUGGAGAAGCGUAAUGACGACGAUCUCCGUCACACGCGCACCGUCAUCCAAGCCCAGCUCGAGGAGUUCCACCACGACAUCUCUAAGCUGAACGACGAGCUCAACACCCUCCGCCACGAAGUCACCUACAUCUACAACGACAUCCAAUUCCUCCACGACCACAUCUCCGGGAUCCCCCACCGCGCACAAUCCACGCUGCCUCUCCCGAACAAGCUCGUCGACCGCAACCACGUCCCGCAGUGGAUCCAGCAGAUGAUCGCGAAGAUGCGCUUCGACGGCGACGCCAUCGGAUCGCCUGAGACUCGCUUCUUCUACGCCUACAGCCACCUAGGCAGCGAGGCCCAGGGCAAGGUGCUCCAUGUCGUCGAAGCCGCUCAGUUGAACCAGGACUGGAAUCUGCACAACUUAUUCAGUGCUCUCAUCCUGUGUUUCCAGCCUGACGACGUCUUCGCAGUCACCACUGCCUGGGCCAUUCUCGAGCGCAACCAGCCCGACGAGUAACUUGUUGUCGAAUCAAGAACCGAGAUUCAUAUUGACUGGUCGCCGACUGUUGUUGGCCUUUGGAGCAUAGUUAGAAAAGAAGCCUUACGCACUGGACAAAAUUUCUUCUCUUUUCUCACACCGCAUCUGAGAUGGCGAAC